AGCAACUGCUGAACUGCUCCUCUCCCUCACUUACCUACUGCUCCAGGUCCGAUCUCAGGUCGACCCCUGCAAGAUCAACCGCCACCACUAAUGGCCUCCUCCGCUGACAACCGCCGCUUCAAGAUUUUCGCGGCCGCUGACGGCUUCGUCGAGCAGCACAAGGACGCCAUCGUUGCGCACCUCCGCGCCCACUCCUCCGUCGCCGAAGUCGUCGACCUCGGCGUCGAUAAGUACUACUCCGCCGCUGCAGCCGUCGCCCGCAACGUCAUCUCCUCAUCGUCCGACCCCGCCCUCGAGGUCCGCGGCGUCGUCCUCUGCGGCACCGGCGCUGGUGUCACCAUAUUCGCCAACAAGUACCCCGGCGUGUACGCCACUCACUGCAGCUCGGUCGCCGACGCCGUCAACACCCGCUCCAUCAACGCGUGCAACGUCCUGGCCCUCUCCGGGAUGGCCACCCCGCCCGAGACGGCCGCGCUCAUCGCCGACGCCUGGCUCGCCACCCCGUUUCGUGCUCCCUGCCCCGCGUCCGGGGACGCUCCCUGGCCGGAGGAGGUGCAGCAAUUCUUCGACGUUGCACCUCAAGAGAUGGCCUCCAUCCCCCAGGGAUCAGCCCCUGCCCCUGAUGACUCCACCUGUGCCAUCUGCUGCCUCAGGAAGGGGAUGGAGUUUGAACCGUUGGAUGCCAUGCCCGGCGGCGAGAUGCGAAUUGUGCGCGAGAGCCCCACUUCGGCCUACGUCCGCUUCAAAGCUGGAAGUGUGGAGCCGGCUCACCACCACACUUUCGGCCACGACUUGGUUGUGAUCAAGGGCAAGAAGAAGGUGUGGAACUUAACCAAGAACGAGAAGUAUGACCUGGUUGACGGGGACUUCCUGUUCACGCCUGCCGGGGACGUGCACCGUGUGAAGUACUUGGAAGACACAGAGUUCUUCAUCCGGUGGGACGGGCACUGGGACAUAUUCCUCGAUGAAGACCUGGAAACUGCGCGCAAUGCCAUUGAUGCCGAGCUCGGUGUGGCUGACAUUGACAAGUGAGGAGGGCUUGCUGAUGCGUGUGGAUGUGUUAUCUUGAUGAGGGUUGCGAUUUGUGAAUGUGUUAUCUUGUCCUUGCUCCUUUUUGCCAUGUUUACUUCUGCAAUGUCUGUUGCUGGUAUGGUGUUGGAUUAUUGGCUAGGCUUGUGGGAGCAAAAUGGUGAUAAUAGUGGUAGUGCCACACCUUGGUUAUUCUCGUGCAAUCUGAGUUUUACUGAAUAAAAUGCAGGUGCAAGAUUUUCUUCAGACUUACGUUUCAUGAUCCCG